GGAGCAGGUGCUGGCCAACGGUUGGAAGCAAAAGCCUGCAGUGAUCCUCUGUCAUCUGCUGCAAAUCAAUACAUCUAGGGUGAAGUAGGAGGUCAAAAAAUGAAUCUUGCAGGAGAAAUUGGUGGCUGUUGACUUUCAGGAAGGCAUCACUGAGAAGGAGUGGAUUCUUCGCACCAAAGAUCUACACAGUCAGCAUUAUGAGGCAGGCUAGGGACGUCAAGUCAGUAUCACUCCGUGAAGAUGGCCUGACUCAGAUCUUGGCCAGUGUAGUGGAGGAAGUGAAGCUCUCCAUCAGCAGGGAUAUCAGCGGAGCUGACCUCCUCUACAGCUUGCUGAAUGCCCCAUGGCUUAAGUCUCUGCUUAAGGUAUAUGAGCGCCUGCAAUGGUACAUGAGGGCCCCCCCUAGUCCAUAUUUCCCUUUUGCCUCAAGUCUCUCCCACCAGAUGAUGGCUGACCUGCGAGGGGUAGCAGCCCCGUCCUCCGAGGCCAGGCAGCUCUACAAAUUGCUCAGAGAUCCUCAUCUGCAGGCAUUUUUAUCUGCCCAUGACAUUGUGGCCCAGAAGAGCUAUGGACCGGUGUUACCUCCUCUCCCAAACAAUUUGCCUGAUGAUGAAGAGGCUUUUAGAAUUGUGUGCCUCGUCAAGAACAAUCAGCCAUUGGGAGCUACGAUAAAGAGGAACGAGCUGACGGGAGAGAUUUCCGUGGCCCGAGUGAUCCGUGGGGGACUGGCAGAGCGCAGCGGUCUGCUCUAUGCCGGUGACAAAAUUAUGGAGGUGAAUGGGCAGCCAGUGGAGGGCCUGGAGGCAGAGCAGAUUAUAGAGAUCCUGGCGCAAUCCCAGGGGACAAUCAUGUUCAAAGUGGUGCCCAUGUCCGACCGGCCAGUGAACAGCCAAACUUUGGUCUAUGUCAGGGCAAUGAUAGAUUACAGCCCAUUCCAGGACCCUACUAUCCCCUGUGCUGAUGCUGGCAUGGCCUUUCGAAAGGGAGAUGUGCUGCAGAUAGUGGACCAGACAGAUGCCCUCUGGUGGCAGGGCAGGAACAUGCCAAGCAAUUCAUCCUGUGCUGGCCUCAUACCCUCCAUUGACCUGCUGAGAAGAAGACAGAGGGAGAUGUGGUGGUCGCAGGCUUUGCAGCCAGGCACCUGCACUCCACAUAUGGUAGAGACAGCGGGGUUUUCCCGUGACAGUAAUGGUCCUGCUGUCUCUAUCCUUUUCCGUGAACCUAACACCACCAUACCCUUGGUCAGAGCAUUCCAGCCAAUUAAACUGCUACUCACCGACAUCACAAAUUUUAUUUUCUCUAUGUCCUGUGGACCUCAAGUGAGCAGUGUCGACAAAGAUGAAGACUUAGAUGACGCUUGUUUUGAAGCAGAGGAGGCCGAAUGUAGCAGAAAUUCUGAAGGAAUCUAUCUAGCCGGGUUCCGUCGCAGCCUGCGCCUGUGUCAGAGGAAGGCACGCAGGUUUCGCAUGCAGUCAUGCAACGCUCGCUGCCUGAGCAGCUGCUGCAGCUCCCUGGCAAACCCCUAUGAAGAGAUGGUGCGCUACCAGCGGCACCCCGAGGACAAGCUGCGCCUCAUCGCCCUCAUGGGCCCGCGAAGUGUGGAUAUUAACGAACUCCGGAGAAGACUAAUCGCAGUCGACCCUAAGACUUACCAAGGACCCAUACCUCACACAACGCGGCCACUAAAGUGCUUUGAGAAGUCUGGAAGAGAGUACCACUUCAUUAGCAGAGAACUCUUCGAGAAUAUGUUGUACAACCACAGGUUCUUGGAAUAUGGGGAGUACAAAGGGCAUCUUUAUGGCAUAAGCAUCAGUUCAAUCAGGAAUGUCCUGGACAGCGGGAAGAUCUGUAUCGUUGACAUAGAUCCACACGGUCUACAGGCGAUUAGGACACAUGAACUCAAGGCUUACAUCAUCUUUGUGAAGUCGCCUAGUACAGCCCACAUGAAGCAGACUCGUGCAAAAGCCCAGAUUGCUGACAUCCGUCCCUCCAGGAAUGAAGACGUCGAUGAGGUGGAGGAAGCAGCAAAGAUGGAGUCUUUUUACUGCCAAUUCUUUGACGAAGUGAUUGUGAACAACGGACUGCAGGACUCCUGCCUGGAGCUGCUGGAGGCCAUUAGGCGAGCACAGAAGGAGCCCCAGUGGGUCCCUGCGAGCUGGAUCCGCCCCACAGUAGACUCCUCGGCAGAGAAGCUGGGAUGAUAGGAAGGACAGAGAAGACAGGCCAUGUGGGAUGAGUAGAAACUGUAGGGGGGAAGAGCAAGCGUGGAAUAAUAAAGGUAGAGGAACAUAAAGAAUGGGAAUAUAAUCCAUUAACACAACAAACAUGCAGGAUAAUAAUUGAAGUUUCAUUCAUUCUGUACAAUAAAAUGGUACACCCCGAGAUUAAAUAAUUUAAUUCAUUCUGGAAAAGCUAAUAUAACAUAACAGUAGGUAUA